CUCCCAGUGGCUUCUCCUCACCCCUCCCUCUGCUUAUUCUAAUAAGCGGUAAAUGUCAGCGGGGAGGCGUCAGAGCGGCAGGCCGUGUUGCUGCGAUGAUUAUCCCGCCGCUCCCAGGCUCCGGGCGGACACAUUUGCAGUCUCCAGGUGGCGAGAUGAUGCCGAUGCUGGACACCAUGGAGGUGCCGAACCACGCCAAGCAGCUCCUCCUGCAGCUCAACCGGCAGCGGACCAAGGGCUUCUUAUGCGACGUGAUCAUCGUGGUGCAGAACGCGCUGUUCCGGGCCCACAAGAACAUCCUGGCGGCCAGCAGCGUCUACCUGAAGUCAUUGGUGGUUCACGACAACCUGGUGAACCUGGACCCGGAGAUGGUGAGUCCCGGCACCUUCCGCACCGUGCUGGACUACAUCUACACCGGCCGCCUCAACGAGUACGAGCAGGGCAACGAACAGAGCCUGGGGGCCAUUCUGGCCGCCGCCAGCUACCUGCAGCUGCCCGACCUGGUCGCCCUCUGCAAGAAGAGACUCAAACGCAACGGCAGCUAUUUGCACAUCAGGAGCGGCCUCUCGUCCUACGGCAAACUGGCGCGGGGUCUCCGCACCGCCACCCCCGUCAUCCAGUCCUGUUACUCGGUGCCACCACGGCUGAUGGACGGGCAGCCCCUGCACACCAUCAACACGAACUCAGGGGAGCUGUACGCCCCGCCUUCUCACGGGAACCGGCUGCCGGACCAGGCGGCGUCGCAGCUGCUGGGCCUCGACCUGUCCAAGCGGAGCCCGCAGGGCGAGGCGCACUCUGGCGACUCCAGGCAGACCAGCCCGCCGGCGGGCGGAGCACACGUGGCCAACGGGGCCUUGGGCAAGGAGCAGGCGGGCGGCGGCCUCCACCCCAUGGAGACGGACGAGGUGCUGGGGCCGGAGGUCGGCAUGUACCGGAGCGGCCUGGGGAAGGGGCAGGACGAGGUGUGCCACUGGUUCAAGCAGGAGCCGUUGCCCUCCUUCCUGGACGAGUGCCAACGGGAGAAGGGGGCGAGGGGAGAGCGGCAGGAGCACAGGGGGGAGGUGGGGGCGGGAGGCCCGGUGCUGCCGCCGCACCCUCCCCCGUCAGCCCGCUACCAGAGGUUAGGCUGCGAGGAGGCGGAGGACGAGAAGAGCAGCAGCGAGGAGACGAGCAGCGACGAGCCGGGCGCGUCCGGAGCCGCCGACCGCUACCAGUGCGGUCACCUGGGCUACGAGCCCGAGCACUUUGGCGACAACCUGUACGUCUGCAUCCCGUGCGGCAAAGGCUUCCCCAGCUCGGAGCAGCUGAACGCACACGUGGAGAGCCACACCGAGGACGACCUGUUCCACAAGGAUCUGGCCGAACCGCCCGCCCCCUUCGCCGACAAGCCGAGCGAGCUGGUGCGGCCCUACCGCUGUUCCAGCUGCGACAAGUCCUACAAGGACCCAGCCACGCUGCGGCAGCAUGAGAAGUCCCACUGGCUCACCCGGCCCUACCCCUGCAACAUUUGCGGCAAGAAGUUCACACAGCGCGGCACCAUGACCCGCCACAUGCGCAGCCACCUGGGCUUGAAGCCGUUCGCCUGCGAGGCGUGUGGGAUGCGCUUCACCCGUCAGUACCGCCUCACCGAGCACAUGCGCAUCCACUCGGGCGAGAAGCCCUACGAGUGCCAGAUCUGCGGCGGCAAGUUCGCCCAGCAGCGCAACCUCAUCAGCCACAUGAAGAUGCACACGGCCGACUGCAAGCCCAAGCUGGACUUCGGCGAUGGCGUCUACCCGCUGGCCAAGUUCGCCGCCGCGCACCUGGGCUUGAGCCAGGACAAGGCGGUGGAGAUCCUAAGCCAGGGCGGGCAGCUGGGGCACGAAUCAUACCCCCCGCCCUAGGGCGCCUGUCCUCCCCUCGCCGUGGCCUUCACCCCCGGCCCCAGCCCGCACAGGGAGUGGUGGGCGGGACUGUGCGGCCCAGGCCGAUAUUUGCCUUAUGGUUUGAACUGUACAAUGUGAGCACCCGGGGAGCUCCCAGCCGGCUCCCUCCAUACACAGCACCUCAACCCACGCCACUGAGCCGAGCCGCCCCACCAUCCCAGUAGGCGGGACCUUUGUUUAAUCGCUUUCACCAGUUUAUAUUCGAAAUGUUUCUGAAAAAUGUCCGUGUGAUUUCUAAACUUUAUCCUGGGACAAAACCACUAAAGCCCACGCCGCCUCGCCGCUGUCCGCCUGGCUCUCCCUCGCCAGGUGGUGAUGCCGGGCGCGUAUAUAUUCAGCACACCAGCUUUCAACUCCACACUGUGACUGCGACAACGCCGGCCCGGGGCACCGCCACCCCCGGACAGGUGGCACCGCCGCGCCUUCCUCCACAGUCGCCCUGAAGGAACCUGCUCUAAUGUAGAGACACUCCCCGGUGAGAUGGACACAACUUGCGGGUGGAUUCCUGGUAUCGCAGGGCGAAUGCCUUAAGGAUUGGAGAUGACAGCGCGGAGCGGGGAUGAUGAUGGGUCCUUAACUAACCACGGGAUAAAGUUGGAAAGUCCAGGUCGGUUAUUAAGUCACUUAUUAAAUGCAGUAUUUUAGCAUGAGCUGCAACUUGCCAGUAUGGUUACUUCUGUGUUUUUUGUUUGCAGGGAUUUGUAAAGAUUUCCUAUUUUGUAUGUCCUAUUGGAUUUGGGUGGGAUGCAUGUCCAAUGUGAUUGCUGUGGCGAGUGUCAAACACACGCUCUGUAAAUUAACUAGAACCAAAGUCAGUCCGUGCAGACACCGACCCAAAUAUAUUUUUUAAGAAAACAAAAUUUAAAAAGCCAAAAUACAAUUAAUUCACAACGUUGCAAUACAAAACAGUAUUUUUAUAAAUGUUUUUUGCAUUAAAAUGAAUGUAUUUAUUGCAUGUAUUUGUACUGUGUUUAUUUUAAAUCAGUCUGUAUAAAAUGCUUCGAUGGGAUAAUGUUUCUAUAAUUGUAUUUUUGUAAAUCAGCAAAACCAAAACUUUUCACCGUGAAACUGGUUUCUAUAAAACACCAAAUAUCAAUUAAAACGUUACAGACGUG